CAUGACAUACAUUAUGGUCAUUAUUAAAACAAGGGGUGAAAUUAGAAAAGAAAAAAAUCGCAAGCAAAAGGCAAUUCAGCGUGCAAAUCCACAAUUUAGGGAAGCUGAGAAUAGUAAAUCGCACCACCGUAUGAUAGAGCUUCGUCAGAAUCAAACAUAUGUUCAGGCAUCUAAUAUUGCUAUGCUUAAUCGAAAAAAGCGAAGAAAAGUUAUUGCUCGUCUUGAAAAAGAUUAA